UCACUAUAAAUACGGAGUGUUGAGAGUCAGAAAGCUUCUAUCGUUGAGCGCUAUCAGGAAACAACCAGUGGAAAGGGUACUCCAUAUAACUUUGCAAGCAAACAUACAAGGAAAAUAAACAGACAGAAAUUGUGUUUUGAAGUAUGCUCGGUUUUGGUGUCAAUCCUUCCGCUAACCGAUCGCCAUCUUGGAAGAAAUGGAUCAAGUUAAUAACACAAGGAGGAGCAAUCAUGGAGCUGAAAAGAGCGGCUAUCAUUCCGGACGUAGGGUCCAAGUCCACACACAGCAAAGGAUUCAAUCUUACAGAUGAAGAAGUGAUGGCAAUAAAUCAAUGUUUUCAAUGCGACCAGCCGCCGGAAACCCUGCGUGCCAGCGGAUGUACCUAUUGCUUGAAGAGCGCAUGUCCGGAACAGGUUAUCGCCUUCAAUGGCGGACGGUACCUGAUUGCCAGCAAGACAAAGGGUAUUAUCAUUGUGGCGGUGUGUGAAUCCAAGGCCAAACUCUCCGCUGCUUCCACGUGGCUCCUGAGAAUUGCCACCUCCAUACAGUGAGCGACGUGGUGAUCCGCUACAACAAAAGAAUUGAACGCACAACGACUUCAUCACAUCCAGGGACCACGAAGAACAAGCUGCACUUCAACGUCGACUGUCUAUUCCUUUAUAGAAAAAUAUGCCAUGUCCUUAUACAUGUCAGUGUGGAUCCGUCCUCCAUCGAGAUACUGUUUGUGCUCGACAGGUUACCAACAUAAGGGCACCGUUUCCAUGGUGAUUGACCAAGAAAUGUUGACACUGGAAUGGAAAUCCCAGAAACGUGAGUGUCCAGAGAUGAGAUGGGAUUUGUUGGUAUUACGAGAAGUACACAAUCGGUAAAAUGGUACCGUUUCCAAUCAGGCAUUCGUGGGUGUUUGACACAGUGAAAAAUUCAACACAACGCUAUGUAUUCCAGUUGGUUGACAAGGGAUGGGUGGUAUCUGAUGAAGUAACAAGUUUUUUAACAGAGUGAACGUACCAGUAGUGUUACCUUCAGUGCGUGUGAGAAGAAACUGCUCACAGAUCGUACCAACCCAACUUGUUUGCCCCGAGUCACCACAUAUAACACGCUGGCGUGUAUCACAGAAAUUGAUCAAAAAUGUGAUCUCGUGUACAUAUUCAAAUUCCAAAUUUUCUCCAUUGUGUAGGCUGGAGUUCAAGUGUUGGGAUACAUCAUUUGAACUAAAGCAUCGCUAACUACCAUUGUUUACUACUGACUGUCAAAUACAUUAAGAAUUAACAUCACCCAAAGUAUAGCAAUAAUGGCGCUGCACUGAGAAUAGGUUUACCGUAUUGAAUGUUUUUAAUGACCAUGACAAAUGCGUCUGAAUACUUCCCGGCGUGACUCUGAAUGUGUCUGUGACGUAUAUCGCACAGACUGUACGUUGGAGAGAGAUGCAUAGAAAUAUUAUGUGAAUUUCCGUACCAUUUUAGGAGGGCGAGAUCAAAUCCUAUUUGUAUGACUAUUCUGUGUUAUUGUACCGUGUUUGUCGUGUAAUAAACAUGUACAACCCAAA